AUGGAACAGAAAAAUGGCAGUUCUUUCACAGGGUUUAUCCUGCUGGGGUUCUCUGACCGGCCUCAACUGGAGCUAGUCCUAUUUGUGGUCCUCCUGAUCUUCUACCUGUUCACUCUGCUGGGAAACACCACCAUCAUUGCCUUGCCCCACCUCAACCCACAUCUUCAGACUCCCAUGUACUUUCUCCUCUCCAACCUAAGCUUCCUGGACCUGUGUUACACGACCAGCACUGUCCCUCAGCUCCUGGUUCAUCUCAGGACAGCAGACAAGUCUUUCUCGUUUGGUGGCUGUGUAGUUCAGCUCUUUGUUGCUCUAGGGCUGGGAUGCACGGAAUGCAUUCUGUUAGGCGUCAUGGCGUUUGACCGCUAUGCAGCCAUCUGCAAGCCCCUGCAAUACACUGUGAUCAUGCACCCCCGUCUCUGUGCCCUCAUGGCUUCUGCAUCGUGGUUUAUUGGUUUUGCCAACUCCUCAUUGCAAACAACGCUCAUCUUCAUUGUACCACUUUGUGGGAGAAAUAAAAUAGACCACUUCCUUUGUGAGAUCCCACCAUUACUCAAGCUUGCCUGUGUUGACACCACUGUGUAUGAGUCAGAGAUGUUCUUUGCCAGUGUGGUCUUUCUCCUCAUACCUGUGACGUUAAUCAUGUUCUCCUAUGGUCAGAUCAUCAGAGCGGUCUUAAGAAUAAAGUCAUCUGCAGGGCAGAGGAAAGCAUUUGGCACAUGUGGGUCCCACAUCACAGUGGUCUCCCUGUUCUAUGGCACGGCCAUCUAUGCUUACCUUCAGCCCAGCAACAACUACUCCCAGGAUCAGGGCAAGUUCAUUUCUCUGUUCUACACCAUCGUCACCCCCAUGGUCAACCCUGUCAUAUAUACACUGAGGAACAAGGAUGUGACGGGGGCAAUAAAGAAGGUGCUUUGCAGGGCCAUGUUGGUUCAACACCUGCAAAACAUUCAAAGUAGUGGACGGAUAGAUGGAACAUACCCCAAUAUCAUAAAAGUCAUCUCUGAAAACCCCACAUUGAGUGUCAUUCUCAAUGGGGACAAACUAGUCGUCAGCCAGGGAAACGCAUUUGGUUCUCAGUGCCAGCCCAUCACAGCUGAGUGUCACAGCACCGUCUCCUGUGCUCAUAAGGGUCUCCCUGUCAUACAGCCAGGUCACUGCUUUCGGGAAACCAAGGUGGAGUUUGCAAUUGCCUUCAUCUCCUACCUCCUUGAGGCAAAGGGCAGAUCUCUGUCCACCUAA